AUGUCCUGCGAUGGGCGUAAUCUUGCGUUUGUCCGCCGUGUGCGGGACGUGGAAGCUCUUGCUCUCAAGGAUCUCGUACCCGGCACACUACGUGAUAUCUGGUUUGGUCUAAAAUACGAUCUCUCAAUAACUUCUGCCCCAAUAAGCACCUCAUUGACGCCCGAGAGUCGCCCAGUCCAUGCCGUGGGCGCAUUCAGUAACGUCAUACCAUUGUGGUACAAGCUAUCACACACGUCGUUGCUCGCCAAAAAUACGAUUGGCUCGCAGAUCUUUCGCAGCACUUCGAGGUGGUUAUUAAAAAGUGCCGUAUAG